AUGCGAGCCGCUCGUCUUUCGUUCCUCCUUUACUCCCUCUCCCUCGUGGCCGUCGUCGCUGGCCAGAGCGCCGCGGUCACGGGCGUAGGAAACGCUAUCACCUCUGCUGCGGCUGCUACUACCGCAGAGGUUGCUCCUACCACAACGUCCGAGUCAACCUCAUCAACCGAGUCGACUUCAUCCACCAAAGAGACCACCAGUUCCACUACCAGUCAGCCUGAGCCCACGACUACGUCAAGCUCAGAGACCACGAGUACCACGGAACCAGCAGCCAAGACAACCAAAGCAGCAGAUACGACCGCACCUCAAACUACUAAUGCUGCUGCCGCCACCACUACCUCGUCGAAUAACAAUAACAACAACAACAAUGAUAAUAACAACAGUAACAGCAAAGAUAGCUCUACGACCACUUCUGAGACCACGGCCCAGACCACGGCUACCCCUGUCGUUAAGACCGUCGUCACCACUGAGACCAUUAGCGGAACCCCUGUGCAGACCACUCUCACCACUACCUCCACUCCGGCUAGCAGCGCGACCGAUUCCCCCAGCCUCAGUGGGGCCUCUUCCAACAGUUCCAGCGGCAGCUCCGGUCUCUCGUCGUCUCAGAAGAAGAUCAUUAUUGGUGUUGUUGUGGGUGUCGGUGGUGCGAUCAUUAUUGGAGCCAUCGCGGUGGUGGCCUGGAGAAUCCAUGCUCGCAAGGCUGCUCAUGACAACGACGAAGCUGCCGACCUCAUGAGCGGCACUGCCGUCGGAUCCGGUGCUCGCGAGAAGGCUCCUAGCCCCGGUGCCGGUGGAACGCCCUUCAAGACCACGCUUGACCAGUAUCACAACCCUGGUCCGGUGAAUGCGGCAUCAAACUUUUAA